AUGGUCUCCAGGCCUCGCCACCCCGCUGCCAUUACGGCAACAACAAUUCCUCCUUUCCUCCUCGAUGCUAUUUCUGCCCCCGGUCCUGGGGUACAUCGAAAUAUCUGUCACUUUGACCUGUCAAACCAAUACCCAGGGCCGGGGGAGCAGUUACGACGUCUCUACGGGCAUCCAGACAACGUGGAAAUAUACCCCAGCGUAGUCAUCGAGGCGGCCAAGGGGCCAAAACUUCCUGGCAGUCACGAAGACGAAGCAGUGUACGCCGUCAUCAAGAAUGACUUCAUGACACACCCCGCUGUGAGUAUGGUCUUUAUGCUGGCGCCAGGAAUCCUAGUAGUUAACGAAGGUACAGCGAUGCACGCCAUCAUCAACAACCACUUUAUAGCACACCCCGAUUGA